AAAUACGUCACAACACGGAAGAAGAGUCGAUCGCGACUUCCGGUUGGGUUCACGGGGACUUUAAUUACAGUUAAACAUGUAAUCUAUUAAUGGAAUAUCCAUCAGCUUUCAUGGAUUUUCACGUUAACAAGUAUUUGUCAACAAUGUCCAUUGUUGGACAGAUGUCAGCAGCAGAGAAACAGCGGAGAUACAGGGCUCGACGAGAUGCUGAUCCAUACAGAAGAGAACAGUAUUUACACAAGCGGAGAGACGCACGGGACAAGCUAAUAAAGCAAGGUAAAGUAAAAUCCAUUGUAGAGUUAAAUGUGAGAGAGAAACAAAGCAGAAGAGACGGAUGGAGGAAAGCCCAGCAGAGAAGACGACAGAGAAUGAAAAUGCUAGAAAACACAGUUACUCCGAAAGAAGACAACCAAGAUGAAGAUAUUUUAUCCAGCCACCUGCAGAACCAAAGUAAAAGCAGUCGAAUGGCCUCUGUUAUUACAGUGAAGACAGAAAAGCGUCCUUUACUGGAAACUGAGGAUGGCGACACUGUGGCUAAGAAGGCCAGGAAGUUGUUGCCCAGCCUGAAGACCAAGCGAGCGCCUGAGCUUGUGCUGGUGAUUGGGACUGGGGUGAGCUCAGCCGUAGCUCCUCAGGUUCCUGCUCUGCGCUCUUGGAAAGGUUUGAUCCAGGCGCUCCUGGAUGCGGCCAAUGACUUCGAUUUGCUUGAAGAGGAAGAGAGUCGCCGCUUCCAGAAAAGUCUGCAGGAGGACAAGAACCUGGUGCACGUUGCUCAUGACCUCAUUCAGAAAUUAUCACCGCGGACGGGAAAUGUACGCUCCACUUUUUUUAAAGACUGCCUCUAUGAGGUGUUCGAUGACCUGGAAUGUAAGAUGGAGAACGCUGGCAAGCAUCUCCUCCGCUCAGUGUUGCAGCUGAUGGAGAGCGGAGCUCUGGUCCUCACCACAAACUUCGACAACCUGCUCGAGAUCUACGCUGCCCACCAAGGGACCAAGCUGGAGUCUUUGGAUCUCACAGAUGAGAAGAAGGUUCUGGAGUGGGCUCAGGAGAAGAGACGGCUAAGCGUCCUCCACAUUCACGGUGUUUACACAAACCCCAGCGGCAUCGUACUGCAUCCUGCAGGCUACCAGAACGUUCUGAGGAACACGGAAGUCAUGAGGGAAAUCCAGAAACUCUAUGAAACCAAGUCGUUUGUGUUCCUGGGCUGUGGGAGGACGGUGGACGAUACCACCUUCCAGGCCCUAUUCCUCGAGGCGGUGAAACACAAGUCUGACCUUGAACAUUUCAUGCUGGUGCGGCGAGAAGACGUGGGAGAGUUCAAAAAGCUUCGCGAUAACAUGCUUGACAAGGGCAUUAAGGUCAUCUCGUAUGGAAACGAAUACGCCGACCUGCCGGAAUACUUCGAGCGGCUGGCCAACGAGAUCUGCAACCGGGACAUGGAGCGGGAGGCGGUAACCAACGGUUGGGGAUCGCCCAUCUCAAACGGUGAAGAAAGCAAAAAUGGUUUUACAACCCAGAAUCUCCUGAAAGACUAUCACUCGUGACACAAGUGGCAGUCUGAGAAGGUUUCCACAGCUCCCGUUCAGUUCCCCAUCUGGUCUGGUCUGGUAUGACUAGAUCUACACGCACAACAGACUUUCAUUUCAUUGUAUGUAAAGUGAUGUCAUUACUGUCCCUCAUAAGGAAGGGCAUAGCGAAAACAUCACCAAGCAAACUGUGACCACCCUUGUUUCAAAGACGUUUGUUUGGAAAAGGAUGUCAUUAGGUUUUUUAUGUUGUUAUGUUCAGACCAGCAAUGAUCUUAAACAUAAGAUGUGGUUUGAUGGAGAUGAGAACUGACAAUGCACAUUAUAUAUGGUCGAUGGGUGGGUCUCAUAAACUAUAAGAAACAUGCCUGGGCCAUAUUUUAACUCAAACUAGUGAGCCAGUUUCUUAGUGUGUGACUAAGCACACACAUUUUUAUUACUAGAUUACAUUUUUUUAAUAGUGCAGUAAUAUUACAGCAGAUAAAUGAUCCUAUGGUUGGUUCAGUUUGUUUUCUUGUUAUUGUCAAAUAUACACUGAAUAUUUUGUGAGAUUCACCCCAUUAUUAAAUCUAAUCUCUUGUUAGAAAUGCAAUAUAUGCCCUGUCAGGAUGACUUAAUUUCUCAGGCUAUAUUGAGAAGCUUCUCCUGUAUCUAUAUGUAAUGGUCACAGGACAAAAAAAAAGAUAUUGGUGAUCUUGUCUUUAAGCCAACAUUUUUAUGAAAGACAUACAUUUUAUUGCACUUUUAUUUAUCAUUCACAUUUUGAAAAGCCACUUGAAAGAUAUGUAAACAGUUGUUUAUAAACCUUUUGUAUUUUUUAAUACAGUGGGCCGCUGUUGUAUCAUCUCUGUCCAGAAAUGUCUUUGGUAUUUAUAUGCUAUUUUAAAAUAAAUCAUUUGUUUGAUACCAAA